AAUGACAAGGGUAGGGUGCACUCUGCAGUCACCGUACAACAUUCAACUCUUCUGUUUCACCCCCUUUUUCCUGCCCAACUUUACUUUAGCCUCUCUCCUCCCCCUCCUCAUGAUAAUUCGUACUUUACCCGAACUACUCCGACAUGUGGGGUUUCCGCGGGAGAGACGAGACCCAAAAAAAAAAGAGUUGAUUUUAUUUUAAUAUAUGUUCCAAGGAGUGAAAACAAUAAAGUGGCUAACAAAAGGGGAGGAGGGGUUGACUAAAGAGUAUGUAAAUAUAUAUAACACUUUUAUUAAAGUAAUAUCUCUCUCUUUCUUUUUAUAUACAUACAUACAUAGAUCUAUUGAAAAUUUCAUUAUCAACCAUGACACCUUUACAAACACCCACAUUAAACGGUCCUGCCGAUCAUGUUGCCUUUGUUAUCCAUGGUAUUGGACAGCAAACAGAGCAGUUUGGGUUCUUUCAAAAGCAUCUACAAAGCCUCUACGACACUACAAAUCAUGCAGUACAAGAAAAUAGGCCCGACAAGGAGAUAAAUAUCGCCUAUAUCCCUAUCGAGUGGCACAAACAAAUCCAUAAAGAAACAGACACCGUCAUGGAUGACAUUACACUCAGAUCAAUUCCUACCAUGCGUAUGGUCAAUAAUGAUUAUCUGGCCGAUGCCUUUUUCUAUCUGAGUAAAGAAAGAGGUCAAAGUAUUGUAAAUCAUGUGACAAACACAUUCAAUGAAGCUUAUCUUCACUUUAUCUCUCAAAAUCGGGGCUUCACUGGGAAAAUAUCCAUCUUGGCCUAUUCGCUGGGUGGCAUCAUUACAUGGGAUAUCCUAUCCAACCAAUUACAGAAAACUAAAAUCCAUAGUAAACUGGACCUGGUCUUUCCUCCUCUACUCUUUAAACCAGAUUUCUUCUUCACCUUGGGAAGCCCCUUAAGUGCCUUUUUAACCGUUAGAGACCAAGAUCCUAAAUUAUACCAUCCUCAUCCUAGUAUCGUCUUUGAAAACAUCUUUCAUCCUUACGACCCACUUGCUUAUCGCUUUGAACCUCUCUUGAAAUCAAGCUAUAAAAAUACCCCCGCUGUACUGAUUGACACUUCCUGUAUAUCGCCAUAUGCGGGGAUAAACCCCUCCAAUGUAUGGCAAUCUCUCCUUUCUAUGGUAUGGGGGCAACACCAAAAGAUUUCCCUGCUUUUAAAGGAGAAUCAACCCAUCCUGCAUUUCGAGUCUACCUUACGCAGUGGCAACACUUUACUUUCUGCCCUGAAACGGUAUCUGUCAACCACAGUCUCCUCCGUCCCCCUUGUCAUGCCACCCACACCCACAUUAUCUCUUGUUGAUGACAACGACAGUAGUAGUAGUAGCAGCAACAGCAGUGAAGAUGAAGAAGAAGAGUAUUUAUUAAGCAAAGAACAUUGUGUGUAUAUCCCCACGAUGGACACAACCCAUAAACGUCGCCAUUCCGAAGAUACAACCAAGGUGAUAUCAAAACGUCAAAGACGGGUGUUGGAGACCACCGUGACCAAGGGCUCCCUAAGCGAGUCAUCCGAUUGCACGGGUAUACCGAAAAGAAUCGAUUUCGUAUUACAACCAGAAAAAACGUUUUUUGGCUUAAUCAGUAACCCUUAUCUCUGUGGAUUGACAGCUCAUUUCUCUUAUUGGACAAAUCAGGAUUUAAUGUGGCAUAUCGUUCGUCGACUUGAAAAUAUGUGAGAGAAAGAAAGAAAAAAGCAUAUUUUUUUGUUUUUUAAAAAUGUUUUUUUUUUUUUUAUUGAAUGGGAUAUGUAGUAAUAAAUAAAUAAAAAUAAAAAAAAAAAAAAAUGGUUGAGAC